GUAGAUAAAUAGAUAUAUAGUCUCUUUCUCUCUCUUUCUUAUACCGUGUGUGGCAGUGUGCAGCUACUGCAGUUUUGUAAGGAGCGUCUCGCGGGUGCGCGCUCGCGCCUUUUCUAUAUACACACACACUCAUAGAGAGCAGCAGCAGCAGCAGCUCGAGCGCUGCCGAAAGAAAGACAGAGAGAGAAAGAGAUUCGCUCUCACGAAGAGCCAAGAGUUUCCCACGAAAAGCGAUCUUCGAAGCUCCUUCUGCACAGCUGCAGCGCGCGAUAUAACAGGGACCGCCGAUGCAGCAGCAGCAGCAGCCGACUCUGUAUAUGUAAUAUAUACAGAGCGAGAGAGAAAUACUCAACGACUCUCACUCAACUCAACCUCGCGCCAAAGCCGAUCUCAAUGGAAUGACAGAGAAGGUAGACAGAUGCAUCAGAAGCAGCAGCGAAGAACUAGCGUGAUUUAGUCGACACAUCGAGCAGUAUAACCUGGCCAGAGCUAGAGAAACAGCGGGUCUUCGUGAGGUGCGAAGACUGCCGUACGUGACGAGAGGAGCCGGCGGCGAGCGAGACUGUGAUAUGAACGAGUACCUCGGCCUGUGCCGCCGUCGACGUGAACGAGAAGACGACGAGGACAGCAGAGCCGACAAGCGGACCACGACGACGGCGACGAGCGGCUUCGUAGCAGCCAUGCGAGAAAAAGACUCGAGCCCCCGGAAGAUGCCCGGCCACAUAAGUCCCAAGCAGGCGAGCAUCUACCCGCUGACACCACCAGAACCAUCACAGCAGCAGCCAUCAGCACCACCUGCACCACACCACACCCAGCAGCAGGCGAGGGGCUCGUCCUCGAGCACGACCAGCUCCACCUCGUCGGCGCAUCAGCCGCGCAUGAGUCCGGCGGCUAGGCCCCACCUGACCUGCGGCGGCUCCAGCUCCGACAUGGACGUGGACGUCGAGCAACCCCUGGAUCUGCGCCUCGAACACAAGAAGGAGGGACUGCGGGACGAGAAUCAGAACGACAUCGAGGUGCUGAAUCAGAACAGCCUCGGCAGUCCUUACCACUCGGCGGCUGUUUUGUUCGGGCCGCAAGUCGCGCACCACGGGGUGCAUCCCCUCGUGCUCGAAGCCAUGUACCGAAGCUCUCAGAAGCAGCAGCAGCAUCAGCAACACGAGAGGCAGUCGCAGCCCCCACCCAUAGUGCCGGAAAUGCCCAAGAUUCAGGUCCGAGCACUGCCAACGAUGGUUCCUUUGCCGAGCAGCCGGUUCGCGGCGUCGGCAGCGGCGUCGCCCUCGUCGACGCGCACCGCCACCUCGUCUCCACCGAUCCUCGUCGCGGCGGAGCCCAGCACGACGGCCAGCUCGAGUCAGAGCAACGGCGGUGGCCCCAGUUACAGCUCGCCAGCGACCUCCGGGCCGCCCAGCAGCAACAAGCCCAAGGACCGCUACUCCUGCAAGUUCUGCGGCAAGGUGUUCCCGCGCUCGGCCAAUUUGACGCGGCACCUGCGCACCCACACGGGCGAGCAGCCCUACAAGUGCAAGUACUGCGAGCGCAGCUUCAGCAUCUCGAGCAAUCUGCAGCGUCACGUGCGCAACAUACACAACAAGGAGAAGCCGUUCAAGUGUCCGCUGUGCGAGCGAUGCUUCGGCCAGCAGACGAAUCUCGAUCGGCAUCUGAAAAAGCACGACGCCGACGGCCCGACGAUACUCGACGAGGUGCGCACGAGGUAUCACGGUCAGCUGCCCCAGCGCACCUCCGACGACUCGUACUUCGAGGAGAUACGCUCGUUCAUGGGCAAGAUCACGUCGAGGAAUCAGGCCGCGGCGGCGGCUGCUGCGGCUGCGGCUGCCCUUCCUUACUUUCCCGGACUGCUGGCCAACGCCGCGAGCGCCGACUCAGGGCCCGAGCAUCAGACGACGAGAUCGUCGUCGGCCUGGAGCGGCGACAAGCAGCAGCACCAGCAGACACACAGCAAACGAGCGCAAGCUGCAGCGGCGGCAGCAGCCACGGCUGAAUACUUGAGCGAUCGAGAAAAUCUCAGUUCGAGGUCGAGCAGUAGCGAUCAAGACGGCAGCGUCCAUGAAGCGGAGCAGCAGCUGCACCAACAACAGCAGAGAAGUACCACCGCGUCACCCACGGCUAAUAACACUUGACGACCAUCGUGUAUCCGACUGAAACGAAAAUAAUAAUUGAUAAACUCGAUACAUAGCUAAUGUGUUCAUAAAUAGCGAUAAAAACAUAUUGUGCGCGCGCGUGUGUGUAUAAUAAACAUUUUAUGUAGGCUCGAUAUACCAUUUACACAAUGAUACAUUGAAAACGAC